CUGGCCCUUUUAUUCGAAUAAUAAGAAUAAAAAAAGAGAAGGAAGUGAAGGUGAUAUUAUUUCGCCGCAUCCAUCACUCUCUCUCUUCUUGGAUACGAAUACCCACAGGAUUCGAUCGAGGACAGGAAAGAUCGAAUCUUGGAGGGGGAGGGGGUGUAUCGGAUUUAGGUUUCUUCCAGUUUCCGAUGAGGCGGCGGUGCGAUGGGAGGCGUCGCCGCACAUUCUGAGGCCGGCGGAGCGCCUUCGGCCAGAGCGGCGAUGCCGCAGCGAGCGCGGCUGCAGGUCUGGUUCCUGACCGUGUGCGGCUGCAUCCUCAUCUGGACGUGCCUGGUCCAGCUUCUCGUCCCCGGGCGCCUCUGGCCCCACGCUUGGGGUUGGAACACGGCGCGGUUGUUCUUGGGCAUAGCCGAGGCUGGAUCGAGGUCCGCUCAUCCGCCACUUGCUCCUCCACCGCCGCUCCCACCAUUGAGAAAUUAUACAAGCAAUGGUUAUCUAAAAGUAUCAUGCAAUGGUGGCUUAAACCAAAUGCGUGCAGCGAUAUGUGACAUGGUGACAGUGGCUCGCUUGUUGAACCUUACACUGGUGAUUCCGGAGCUUGAUAAGCAGUCAUUUUGGGCUGACCCGAGCAAUUUUGAUGAUCUAUUUGAUGUGAAACAUUUCAUCGAUUCUUUAAAAGAUGAAGUACACAUCACUAAAAGGCUACCAAAGAAGAUAAGUGGAAAGGCUUCUAGCAAUUUACUUAGAAUGCGUCCUGUGAGCUGGUCAGAUGAGAAGUACUACUUGCAACAGAUUUUGCCACUGUUCAACAAGUCCAAUGUGAUUCAUUUUAAUAAGACAGAUGCACGGUUGGCAAACAAUCUCCCUAUUCAUCUCCAAAAGCUUAGAUGUCAUGUAAACUAUCAUGCAUUAAAAUUUACUCCUCAGCUCGAGGCACUGGGAAACAGGUUGGUUCAAAUUCUUCAAAAGCGGGGAUUCUUUAUUGCGCUACAUUUGAGAUACGAAAUGGAUAUGCUGGCUUUCUCUGGCUGCACUCAUGGUUGUUCCAAGGAAGAAGCUGAGGAGCUUAAAAGUCUAAGGUAUGCUUAUCCAUGGUGGAGGGAAAAAGAGAUAGACUCUGUAGCCAAAAGGCUGCAAGGCUUUUGCCCACUUACACCUGAGGAGACCACGCUUGUUCUCGAAGCAUUGGGGUUUGACAAGGAUACUGAAAUAUACAUUGCCUCUGGUGAGAUUUAUGGUGGGGAAAAGAGGCUGUCUACAUUACGCGCAGCAUUCCCGAAGCUUGUUAGAAAGGAGAUGCUACUUGACCCAGAAGAUUUACGUCAAUUUCAGAACCAUUCAUCCCAGAUGGCUGCCCUUGAUUAUAUGGUUUCUUUGGCGAGUGAUGUCUUCAUCCCAACAUAUGAUGGGAACAUGGCAAAAGUCGUCGAGGGACAUCGAAGGUAUCUCGGGUUCAGGAAAACUAUCUCCCUGGACCGCAGAAAAUUGGUGGAGCUUCUGGAUCUGCAAAACAACAAGACACUUUCUUGGGACGAUUUUGCAACUUCAGUGAGACAAGUUCUUGAGAAGAGCAUCGGCCAGCCAACCUGCCGAAGAGUUGUUGCCGGUAAGCCCAAGGAGGAAGAUUACUUCUAUUCUAACCCUCAAGAGUGCCUGACAAAUGCAAAUGAAUGCCCUAUGCCUCACAAGUCAAGCUCUGUGAAGUAAAGGUAUCUCGCAGCUUGUUAGCUUCCAUUUGCGAGAGCAGGCCUGCUGUGGGCAGCCAAGACUGGUGAGACACGGCGAAAGGCAGCUCAUGAUUUCCUUUUAUUCUUAUGUUCCAUAGGCCUUAUUCUUUUGUUCAUAGGCGUUAUUAUUUUGUGGUGCCCGGUGCAUCUCGGGUGACCUUAUCGCUGUAAAAUAGUUGCUCGAAUUAUGUUUUAGAUUGCAGCUGGAGUAUCUCUACCAAAUUGUAGAUGCUAAUGAAGUUUCUGUCAAGUUGGCACU